AUGAAUGGACUUAGAGUUGCAGCAAAAAUUCAGCCAGCACGCCAAACUAUCAUAUUCUUGCAUGGAUUAGGUGAUACAGGUUCGGGAUGGGGAUUUUUAGCUCAGUAUUUACAACAGAGAGACCCUGCCGCUUUCCAGCAUACUAAUUUUGUUUUUCCUAAUGCUCCAGAGCUUCAUGUGACAGCAAACGGCGGUGCAUUGAUGCCUGCUUGGUUUGACAUCUUGGAAUGGGAUCCUAGUUUUUCCAAAGUUGACAGUGACGGUUUUAUGAAUUCUUUGAAUUCCAUAGAAAAGACGGUUAAGCAAGAAAUUGAUAAAGGAAUUAAACCGGAGCAGAUUAUUAUCGGAGGUUUCUCUCAGGGUGCCGCAUUAGCUCUCGCAACAUCAGUUACUUUACCAUGGAAAAUCGGUGGUAUAGUAGCUCUGUCGGGAUUUUGUUCCAUCCCAGGAAUUCUGAAACAACAUAAGAAUGGCAUUAAUGUAAAGACACCAAUUUUUCAUGGGCAUGGUGACAUGGAUCCAGUAGUUCCUAUUGGACUAGGUAUAAAGGCAAAACAGUUCUAUCAAGAUAGCUGUGAGAUACAAAAUUAUGAAUUUAAAGUAUACAAAGGUAUGGCCCAUUCUACAGUUCCAGAUGAAUUAGAAGACUUGGCUUCAUUUAUCAAGAAGAGCUUAUCAUCAUAG